AUGCUCAGUGGAACUACUUUUGGAGCAUCUCCACUGGCUCGUAAUAUCGCUGAUGACCCCGAGGGGUGGCCGGUAGUUGUAGUCGUUGGUGAAUUGGCCACAUAUAUGUGUCGAUCCGGAGAUAUUCGACCCUUUGCUCAAGAAAAACCAAUUUCUGCUGAUGUGCUGGGGAAACCACCACCAACAGCCACUGAGUCGGACAAUGACGCGACCAACUCGUCACGGGAGGAGGCACACUCGUUCCUUUUGUCAAGACUGCGAAGACAUCUGUCGCAUCGGAACAUUAUUUUAGUUGCACCUGUACGCUCUACAUUGGAGUGGCACGAGAAGCUUGUGGUAUUCUGUUUCGAAAAGCUGCAGGUACGUACACUCGUGAUGUUGUCGGAUUUUGUAGCCGAUGCGUUUGCCGUUGGAUGUCGGAAUGCACUUGUGCUUCAUGCCUCGCCCUCAGCCAUUAGUAUUGGUCGUGUAGAGGCUGGCGUUACAGUAAAGCAAGCAACAAUGUCUUAUGGACAGCUUUCCCCAUUAAUGUGCGAAACGACAGGGGACAUCAAACACAAUGUAUUAACGCAACAACAUGCAAACGCGGGCACUAAUUGUCGCGAAGGAGAUAAUCAAACCAGAGAGAGUGUCUCAUCCGGUACCGCCGUUAUACCCGGGAAACUACCGAGUGACGACUCUGUUUUUUCUUCCGUGUUUUCCGCUGCAUCGCCGAAGGUUGUAGAUUUGUUGGAUGAAGUGCAUCAUGACGCACUUGCUUCUUUGGUAGGGGAGAACGUGUACAACCGCGUCGUUUCUUCAAUGCGGGAAGGUCGGCCAAACCAAAGGAAGUUGCGAGCAACAAAACGUGACAGAGCGAGCAACAGUGGUGGUCGGAGGAGUAGCAGGAAUGGUCGAGUCAAUGCUGCUGCAAAUGUGAGUGAGAACUCGAGCAAACGAUCUCUUAUUGACAUAAGUAGCAGUGGGGGGGAUGAGGGUGGGGAAAGUGAGGAAGAUGACGGUGAAGGACCCCUCAUUCGUCUCAUAUUGUCCGUCGCUGGUCGUGAGCCGGUUCCAGUUAUUAUUGCAGGCGAGGCCUUGCGUGUUGCUCCAUCGCUUCAAAAGUUUCUUGAGGAGGCGGUCCGUGCUUGCGGUACCUCCCAUAUGAAACGCGCAUGUAACGACGACUCAAACUCAUCAAGUAGUUCAUCGACAGCUUCGUCUUCAUCUUCUUCGGGUGGCGCCUCGUCAUUUUCCUCAUCGUUAUCGACUCCGAGUGAUGGCCAGGAAGUUCUUAAAAUUCAACCACUACCGAUCGGAGAACUUCCAUGGGAACUGUCCCUUCUUGGUGGCUCCCUUGUCUCACAACUUCCUAUGCUGGAAUUGUGCAAGCUUUACAUUUCACGGGAGGAUGCGCUUUCUUCAAAAGGGUCUAUCAUACGUUGGCGGUCGGUCAUUUGA